AUGGACCUAGCGACUCACAUAUCGCACGAAGGGCAUGAAUCCAGUCUCCGACAACCGAGGUAUCCCAUUGAGGAGCCUCUCCAAGAAAGAAGUCAAAAGAAUGAUGAAAGAGCACUUGAGAUUGCUUCACGAGCACUCUCAGCUUGGGAAAAGAGGUGUGCGAGAGUUGACAUUGGAAGCAACGUGGUAUGUCGACCAGAAAAGGGUCCUGUCCGACUGGAUUCAAUUUACGGCGACUCCAGGGACUGGCCGAAAACAGCCAAGACUCUCGGAAUCAAGGGCGCUGUGCAAUACUCUUGGUCAAACAUCGGCUUCCCUAACGACCCAGAGCUGGCCGUUCAAGAUUUGGAGGAUAGUACAGAAAUCGACAAGGACAACCUAAACAUCGCUGAACUUGCCCAAGAUAUCUUGGACGUAAGAAAUCUCAACGCUGGACAAAUUGCCGAUGCGGAUUCCCUGCAUACCGAAACUGACAACGGAUGCACGAUCGAUUUUUUUAAGCUGAAGGGCCGCCGUGUUGCCAAAGUCACCAUUGAAGGCGUCGACGCUAGACAGAGGGGUGUGGAUUACAAGAAGCUCAAGUCGGCUAAGGCAUUCGAAAAGAUUGUGGAUCGAGAGUACCAGACUCAGAAGCCAGCACUAGAGGCCGAGCACCAUGUCAUGGCACAUGUUUUGUUGUGCCGCGGGGGCCAGGUCGGUGGGAAAGCAUGCGAUUACUGGAAGACCGCAAGAAACCUAGCCCAGCAGCACAUCUACCUUGACCAUGGCAUAGAGGCACGCCUACGCAGCCAGUUGGAGGAAGGCAAUCCCGAUAAAGCACUCACAAAGAUGCUGGAGAUGGUGAAGAAAUGCGUCAGACAGAACGCCUUCAAUCCCUACUACCAGGCGCAGAGAGAUGAGUUCGCAGUCCAAAAGAACCUGUUCCGCCACCUCAAAGAUGUCGACCUCGUUAUGGUUCUCGACACGAAGGGCAGCGUCAUCAUGUUCCAAUGUUCGGGUGCAAUCCAACAAUUAUUUAAUAAGACGAUCGAAAAGGCCAUCACGACGGAUCUGGAAGCAUUUAGCACUCAGCAGGCCGUGCCUACUCCUGAUAUGACGCGCCAUGGGUUGCACUACGCGCAUUGGCUCGUUGAAAGGCCUGACCUCGAUUUUCGCCUACUUAACAAUGACCCACGUCUGGCUAAAUCGGGUGUGUACCAUUUUGGAUGUCGUUUCCCCAUCGGAAAUCCAGACGGGGAGGGGAAAGGCACAAAGACAGGAGGUCCGUGUCCCACAAAGGACAUGAGGCAACGGCUUGAAGGGAGCUGUGAGCACAACUUCCACAAACUGCGAUUCGGAACACUAGGUGCGUGCACAGAGGCGGUCAGCUUCUUCUUCAGAUUGCUGGAGCCUGAACUGUUCGACGAGUACGUUGCUAUUGUGGAACAAGUCCGCAAUUUCAACAAGUUUGCCCACUUCGAGACUCGCAAAAUCCAAGAGCCUUUCGCGAUGCGUGCUUUGCUCGUCAAUCUUAUGACGAAUGAGCAUAAAGACCACGGAGACUGGCAAUGCGGCCUGGCCGGGCUCACAAUAUCUGGUUCGUUCAAAGGCGGAGACCUCCUGUUACGAGAUCUUGGGCUCCGGAUUGAGACCCGCCCUGGCUGCGUGCAACUUCUCAGAGGUCGUGAACUCCGACACUCCAUCACCAAAUACUCAGGGAGGCGCUUCGUGGUCGUUCAUACCAACCACGAAGCCGUCAGGAGGUGGGCGCGACGGCAGCUGGGUCUCCCUAUCACCGACAUUGGAACAACUCCUCUCGACAGCUGCCUGGAGAAGAAUCAGGAGGAUUUUGUUCCCGAAGACUCAUAUGUUGAGUCUUCCAGGGAGCUUUUCCCGGAGCGGUAUGACCGUACUUCAGACGAGGGCUCCGUUGAGUCCGAAGCUUCCGUGCCGAAAGUUUCCAGACCACGGCUGAAGUCAGAUAAGAGCAGGACCGUUAGUUCAUCAGAUGCAUCAGCGGAGAAGAGCGAAGAUGGCCUGAAUGAUCCCCCUUCAAAGAGGCGGAGCUGA